AUGGCGGCGCCGCUGGCGGCUCCGGGCGGCGCCGGGGCCGGUGGCGGGCCCGGGGCGGGCGCGGCGCGGGGCGGGCGCGGGCCGGCGCUGCGGGAGGGGGCGCGGGUGUCGGCGCUGUGCCUCGCCUGGUACGGGCUGAGCGCCGGCGGGAACGUGGUGAACAAGCUGCUGCUGGGCGGCUUCCCGCGGCCCGUCACCGUGUCGCUGUUCCACAUCCUGGGGCUGUGCGGGCUCCUGCCGCCGCUGCUCCGCGCCUGGCGCGUCCCGCCCGCCGGGCCCGCGCAGCUGCCGCCCCGCGCCUACCCCCGCUACAUCCUCCCGCUCGCCUUCGGCAAGUACUUCGCCUCCGUGUCCGCGCACGUCUCGCUCUGGAGGGUGCCCGUGUCCUACGCGCACACAGUGAAAGCCACCAUGCCCAUCUGGGUGGUUCUGCUGUCACGGAUCAUCAUGAAGGAGAAGCAGACGACGAAGGUGUACCUGUCCCUGAUCCCCAUCAUCACUGGUGUCCUGCUGGCCACGGUCACAGAGCUGUCCUUUGACAUGUGGGGACUCAUCAGUGCCCUUGCUGCUACGCUGUGCUUUUCUCUUCAGAACAUCUUCUCAAAGAAGGUGUUAAGGGAUUCCAGAAUUCACCACCUUCGGUUGCUAAACAUCCUUGGCUGCCAUGCUGUGUUCUUCAUGAUCCCAACCUGGGUCCUGGUGGAUCUUUCUUCCUUCUUGGUAGAGAAUGACUUGAGCUCCAUGUCCCAUUGGUCCUGGACCUUGAUGCUGCUUAUAAUCAGUGGGUUCUGUAAUUUUGCCCAGAAUGUGAUUGCCUUCAGCAUCCUGAACCUGAUCAGCCCCCUGAGUUACUCGGUGGCCAAUGCCACCAAGAGGAUCAUGGUGAUCACCGUGUCCCUGAUCAUGCUGCGCAACCCCGUCACCAGCACCAACGUCCUGGGCAUGAUGACAGCAAUCCUGGGGGUCUUCCUCUACAACAAGACAAAAUACGAUGCAAACCAAGAGGCAAAGAAGCAGCAGCUUCUCCCAGUGACCACUGGAGACCUGGUGAACUUGGAAAGGCACCGAAAUGCUGCUGAGAAGUCCCAGAAUGGACUCGCAGCCUUUGGCCAGCAUGGGGACUUCCUGCGCAGCAACGUCCUCACAGAGCACUUCCAGUUCAGCAGGCAGAGCUACCCCACAGCCUACAACCUCAAUAGGUUUGAUAUUUAGGAUCUCCUGGCACAAAGGUACAGACUGUGAUAUCAAAGUGUCCCCAGCAUUAUCAGAACUCUUCCAGUACAUCCAUGAAUGUCACGGAGCCAUUGAGGUGUGCAGCUUGCAGGGCAGGGCAGGGGAGUGGUGCAGGAGCUGCUGGGCUGAGCUUUAAACCUGGGACAGCCAGACCUGGAACAGCUUUAAACCUGGGACAGCCAGACCUGGAACAGCUUUAAACCAGAGCUGACACUGGAACCAACCCCACAGAGCAGAUCCUGCUGAGGUGGGAGUGACACUGCACAGUGGAACAUCUGCCACUGCUCCUUUCAGACUCUGCCAGCUCCUUGUUCUCUUGGCAGCUGAAUUCUGGCCAGUAUCUCCUUUCCAUGCUGGUAAUGUCACCUUUAACUUGUUCUCUAACAACGGUUCAAUGAUCCUUUUAAUGAAGCUUUCAGGAAGAAGUGAAAGCAAGGGGUGUUUGUGCUGAUCAGGAUUUGCCUGGGGAGGAUCAGCUGCAGGCAGGUAAGGUCGAGUUCAUCUCCAGCAUCUUGUGCAACUCCUUGUGGAUAUUCACAACUGCUGUGCCUCUGCCUCCAGCCCUGGAUGAGAAAGCAGAGGUGUUUCUGCAGGAGCAGGCAGUGGAAGGAUUGAUUUCUCCCAGAACUGCUUCAGGAAAAACACACAGUUCUCCAAAUCACAGCUCGUGGCAGAGAACAGCCAAGCCCAACCUAAAAUCAUCAUUGUUUUCUGAAUCAUGUAGUCCAGACAUUGCUAUCCCCUGGCCAUGCAGGAAACUCCUUCAAUAAAAAGUGUUUGGAAUAAUAUGAUUUUAUUUUUUUACUUGCUUCACACCUGUUCUUUCAAACCUGUUUUGUUGCUUUAGAAAUUGAAAGGUGGAAGGUGUUUUGUUCUCACUUUUAUGCUCUCAUAUAUAUCUUUUCAAUGCAUUGAUUUGAACAAUCAUCAUUAUUAAUUGUUUCUUAAAUCUUUUUAGCCCCUAAUUUGGGUUUUUUAAAUUUCUUAAUCACUGCUGUUGGAGUAGCUGUGUGGAUUUAGGCUGACUUCCACUUCCUGCUGAAAGAAAUUAAAUUUUGUAUCCUGUGCUGUUCCUGCAACUCCCCUGGCUCAAAUAGGAAAUGAAAGAAAAACUGAAAAACUGUUUGAAUCAGCAGUAAAUAGAUAAUUUAUGGCUGAAAACUGAUUCAGAAUAAAUUCUAGACAAGGUGAUUGUGUGUGUCAGGUACAGAUUUGUGCAUGGAAGGGAUGAACCUUGGCUUUCCUUCCUUUGAAUGAAAUUCCUUGGAAUGAAGUGAGACCCAACUUGGAACUUGGGUUUCACUGAAUCAGAAUUUUCUGUCCUUGCUUUAGUAAAAGAUUUUAGGGGCCUUCUUUCCUUCCCAGACUGUUGUACAGUGAGACUUUGAUAGCAUAACUUUUAUGCUUUUAACCAGAGAGGUACCAGACACCAGGGGCAAAACCCAGGGUGUGUCCCAGAACACUCCUCUUAUUUAUUGCUUUCAAAUGACCAUUUCCAUGAUGUGAGAUGAUGAUUUGGCUCCUUUCUGGACAAUAAAGAAUUUAUUUUUAAGUGCAAAA